UAACCCAAAUCCAGCGCCCUCCACUUGACUCGCAGCUCCACGGUACGAAGCACGUCACAUACCGCGAAGGACGCUGCGCCCGCCACGACCCCUCUGCCGCUCUACAGGCGAGGGGCUCUGCCUCUCUGCUUUCCCGCCCGCUCAUCUCAGCAUUCUGAAUACAAUCGGCUGCUGCACCAUUCACUGGAGGCGCCUUGACGGCCAACAGGUGCCCCCACAGCAGGUGCCCCCACAGCAGGGAACUCCACAGCAGGGGCCAAGUGCACCGCUGGAUGAUGCUGCACGCCUCUAUUGUUGCAGAGGCCCUUGUUACAAGAACAAUCCUUUCUUCCCAUCGCGCUCCCGUGGCACACCGUACUGCCCUCAUGCGCCACCCCCUCGCGGCCUGCACCGCAGCCAACUCGCGCCUGCUUGCUCCCCCCACCUCUCCCAGCCUCCACCACCCUCCCGCUCACACCAACCACCCAGGGUGUAGGGCGCGGCACACUGAGUGCAGCAGCCAGCGCCUCUCCGUGCACAGUGCAGCCCUCCGCCUGGCCCCCCAGAGCCAUCCAAGAAGCGCAGGGCGAUCCAAUAUCGGUCGCUCUCCGUUCCACAACGCCCGCCUUGCAGCCAGCGCUGGUGGGUGCCGACAGAGAGGGGGCAUGGCGGGGAGUGCGGUGGAUGCUGCUGCGGCCACUGCAGCAGGUGUGGCGGCAUCAGAGGGAGCAGCUGGGACAAGCGCUGCAGACGUCGCAGAGAGGAACGCCGCCUUAGGGGCAGCGGAGGGAGGUGCUGCAGGGGAGGCAGUGCAGAUGAGUGAGGGGGGAAAGGGGGAGGGGGAAGGGGAGGGCGAGGAGGACCCGUUGGUGCAGCACGUGGUGAUCCGCAGGGACCUCAUAGAGGCGCUCAAGUGGCCGCUGGGGUCGGUCAUCACACAGGGCUGCCAUGCGAGCGUGGCCGUGGUGUGGCAGCACAGGGACCACCCCCACGUGCUCCAGUACUGCGGCCAGCUAGACUCCAUGCGAAAGGUGACAUUGGAGGUGAAAGGCGAGACGCAGCUGCUGAAUCUGUCCAAGAAGCUGCAGGAGGCGGGCAUUGUGCACCGCGUGUGGAUGGAGCAGCCAGAGAACAUUCCCACGUGCAUUGCCACCCUGCCACACCCCAAGAGCAUUGUGGGGCCGCACAUGAGGAAGCUCAAGCUCUGCAAAUGAGGGGCAAAUGGCACUAAAUCGGCUGACUAAUCGCGUAGAAAGGGUUUUUGUCAUUGCAUAAUCCAGAAACUGGAAUCAAGUGAUCAUUUGGCGAAUAAUACCGCGUGAUACUUUGUAACACGUAGGAAUGGCAUGGAA